AUGACGAGAGAUGUACAUAAUGGAAACUACGGUGACAGUACAACAAACAAACCGGAAUGCGAUCCGAAAUUGAAACGAUCUAAUCAUGUUUUUAACGAAGCUGGAGAAAAUAUUCAAUAUCACAGUGACUCCGAGUCUUUGGGAUCUAGGAAGAGCAAAACCCGUUAUGUCAAUCCAGCUAUUUAUAUAGAGACAGUGGAGUCCUCGCACUCCGUAACAUCUCUUCAAACUGAUUCAUCCUGUGUUGAAGAGGUAACUCCACAUCCGCAUAGUACUUAUAGGAGCAAUUCGACGCCUUUUUUAACUGGACGAAUUUCCAAUACUUCAUCGGCUAGCAUUCAGCGGAAAUCAUGCCGUUUGACUGAAGACAGGAAUGAGAAUCAGUACGAUGAAGAUGAAACCCCUCGCAUUGAUCGCACGUAUCGAGAAGAUGGUCCUGAUACAUUUCGACUUUCAGUUGCUUCUCUGUCUACGACGACAACGGCGAAGGAAGAACGUGAGCGUAAUGAGAAAAAGAGGCAGGAGGCGUUCAAACAGUGGCUUGAAAGAAAAGAACAAGAGAAACGGGAAAAGUUUCGUAUGGAAAGGAUGAAAAGACAAGUGGUACCAGUAACCACACCAGAACAGCGUGAAGAGUCAUUCCGACAAUGGACAGAGCGCAAACGCCUUCAAAUGGAGCGACGUCGGGCUGAAGAGAUAAUGCGCCGGUUUAGGGAAAACGAGCACAUGGAGCGCGAAAGGGAGAAACGGGAGAGGGAGAAGCAGGAAAGAUUGACGGAAUGGAUCCGUAAAAAAGAAGAAGAAAUGAAAGCUAUGAAAACUCGUGCGGAAAGACGUGCGGCACGUGCAGCCAUUGAAGAACGGCGGAAACGUGAAGAGGGGGAGCGCGCCUAUCGCGAUUGGUUACGAACUAGCAAGAAUAAACCACUACCUGUGCCACUAAACCAGGGAGAACUAAGUAUGCGUGGGUCGGUGUCACAAAUGUACAUAAACCCCGUUCCUUGGCAAUCUACCAUAUGA